CAGCUCUAUGGUAUUUUCCCAAAGCUAUGGCUUCCUGCACUAGUUGCUAUCUUUUUUGUCACAUGACUCGUAAGCCAUAUAUAUUAGAACUAUUCCUGAUGGGACAUCUCGCAGCCUCAUUCUGGCGCAUCAAUUCUUAUGCUAAUAAUCUUUCCCUUUGAACUUUGUAAUCUCCCACAAAUACAUCACAUGUCGAUGACAUCAACAUGUUUAUUCAUUUGCAUUUUCCCUGCACGUAAUGGCUAAUCAGACCCUAGUUAGAUAUUAAAAGUAAUUAAACUGCUGAUUAAGAUUAAGACUUUAAGCUGUGACAAAGGUCACAUGGGAUGGAACUUGGUCCGUUACAUACGCAUACCAGCGGUCAACAGACUUUGAGGGGAACAGGCAGUGAUGUGAUGCUUUCCGACACAGAUUCAUGAAGACAAGUUUUGAUGGCACACGCUUUUUCGUCAGAUCUUGAUGCAUGUACUUCAGCACAGUUUGCCCUUGAUGCGUAUUUGCAUAAAUUGAAUAUCAAGAACCUAGGACUAAAAUCCAAGAUGGGUAGAACUUGGAACCAGUUCCUGCUCCUCUUCUGGAAGAACUGGACCCUCCAGUCACGCAAAGUCAUCCUCACUAUCUUCGAGAUCCUUAUUCCUUUGGUCUUUGCUGCCCUGCUGCUCAUCAUACGCUCGUACGUGGAGUUCGAACAGUACGAGUCGCCGAUAGUCUACGGUUCCCACAGUGUCAACCAGCUCCCACCGACACUUCUGCCACCAAAUGUGACCAACUCCACCCUUCCGCCGUACUAUUGGAAGAUUGCCUAUGCGCCAAAGGGCAAAGCUGCUGAUGAGAUCAUGAGGAGGGUGGUGGAAAGGCUGAAAACCAAUUUCACCGUGGUUCAACCUGUGCAAUUGGAGAGUGCAAUGGGUUUCAACUCUGAGGAAGAUCUUCUCGCAGUCUUGAAGCUCACCCCCACUGAGAACAUCCUCGGUGGCAUCAUCUUCCAGAGUGGUUUCCAAGACAACGGGAAGGGCAUCCCGGCCAACUUGACCUACAAGAUCCGACUGAGUAACUCCAUGCGGAAUGUGGAGAAGCAGAGUAGUUUCAUGACCCAGUGGCAGACCCAGUCGCUCUUCCCGUUCUACCAGCUGCCAGGACCAAGGAACAAAGAUGAUACGUAUGGCGGAGUACCAGGUUACUACCGUGAGGGAUUCCUGGCUUUGCAGUACGCUGUAGACAUGGCCAUCCUCCAAGCCCAAGGUGCUACCGUCAACCACGCGACCCUGAUGCAACGCUACCCCUACCCACCGUACAUAGAUGACACUUAUGUGGCUGUCCUACAGACCACUCUGCCAGACCUGAUCAUGGUCAGUCUGGUUCUGGUGGCUCUCGGUAUCGCCAAGAAUGUGGCUUACGAAAAGGAGAAACGAUUGAAGGAAGCCAUGAAGAUGAUGGGUCUGGCCAACUGGAUCCACUGGUCGGCCUGGUUCAUCAAGUACUUCAUCUACCUCCUCAUCACCAUCUCUCUCAUGACGCUCAUGUUCUGCAUCAAGGUCGGUGACCUCCGUGCCGCGGUGGUGACCCACAGUGACCCCUCUGUCAUCUUCGUAUUCCUGAUGCUGUAUGCUACAGUCAGCAUCAUGUACAGCUUUGCAUGCAGUGCACUGUUCUCAAAAGCUAACUCAGCCGCGGUCGCAGCCGGUGUGUCGUGGUUCAUUACCUACAUGCCGUACUACUUCAUCAUGUUGUUCUAUCAGCGGAUGACCCUGCCUGGCAAGCUGGCAUGUUGCCUGCUGUCUAACACUGCCAUGGGGCUGGGAACACAACUCAUUGCUAUCUUUGAAGGCACAGGAGAGGGCGUACAGUGGAGCAACAUCAACAGACCAGUAUCGGUGGAUGAUGACUUCACAUUGCUACACAUCAUGCUGAUGAUGGUAGGGGAUAUCAUAAUCUAUGGUGUCUUCACGUGGUACGUGGAGGCUGUGUUUCCUGGAGAGUACGGCGUACCACAGGGAUGGAACUUCUUUUUAAAGCCAUCCUAUUGGUGUGGGACACCCGUCAUCACAGAAGUACUCGCGGGCGACAGUUUUGCAAUGAAGGUUCGGUCGGGAAGUUUUUUCGAGGAGGAACCAACUGACAUGGAGGCUGGGGUCCAGAUCAGGGGCCUGACUAAGAUCUUUCCCAAGAACAAAGCGGCCGUCAACGGCAUCUCCCUGAACAUGUACCGAGGCCAGAUCACCGUCUUACUAGGCCACAACGGUGCUGGCAAGACCACCACCAUGUCCAUGCUGACCGGCUUCAUCCCGCCAACCAGCGGCACGGCUUUUAUGAACGGAUGCAGUAUCCGUGGCAACCUAGAAGGGGUCAGGUCUAGCCUCGGACUCUGCCCACAGCAUGACGUACUGUUUGGAGAUCUGACUGUAGAGGAACACCUUUACUUCUUUGGCAAACUGAAAGGUCUUACAUCUUCUGCGGUUAAGAAGGAGUCAGAUCACUACAUUGAAGCGACGGGCCUUCAAGACAAGAGAAAACAGCUGGCCAAGUCCCUGUCAGGAGGAAUGAAACGCAAACUGUCCGUGGCCAUUGCCCUCAUCGCUGACUCUAAGGUGGUGAUGCUGGACGAGCCUACGUCCGGCAUGGAUCCAGACGCCCGCCGGUCAACCUGGGACCUCCUUGAGACCCACAAGACUGACCGUACCAUCCUACUGACCACUCACCACAUGGACGAAGCUGACCUGUUGGGAGACCGCAUCGCCAUCAUGUCUGAAGGGGAACUGCAGUGCUGCGGAACCUCACUCUUCCUCAAGAAGAAAUAUGGUGUUGGCUACCACAUGGUCAUGGUCAAAUCCCCCCUCUGCGAUGUCAGGAGGGUCUCAGACCUAAUCCACUCCUACAUCCCGAGUGCCGCAAUGGAGAGCGACGUUGGGGCAGAGUUGUCGUUCAUCCUGCCCAACGAGGCUUCGGACAAAUUUGAGGGUCUCUUCACAAAACUUGAAGAGAGCAAAGAAGAACUGGGCAUCAGUAGUUACGGUGCAUCGCUGACAACUAUGGAAGAAGUUUUCAUCAAAGUUGGUGAAAAUUCCGACAGCACCUUGAGAGACAAACUUCACCACACAUCGGUGGCAAACCAUAACCACCACCAUGAAACCAACGGUCCGCUGCCCUCCAAAGAACACAAUGGUGUGGUCCAGAAUGGCCACUCCAACGGAGUCGCGCCCUCGAGCCCUGGCUUAACAAAACGCUCCCACUACGGAUCCAUGGACAGCUUGCAUCAGGGCUCUCUGCUCGGCGAAUCUACACUCAUUGACAUGCCGGGAGACAUUAGCAAUGGCAGUAUUUUAGGUGACAAGUUUACCAGUACAAGCAAGCUAUCAUUGACCACACGUCGCAACAAGGGCCCACGGCUGUACGCUCAGCAGUUUUGGGCCAUGCUGAUCAAGCACAUCUUGCACAGCAUGCGUAACUUCAUCUUAGCCACAGUGCAACUUGCUGUUCCCUUAUUGACCACCAGUGUGGCCGUUGUUCUGAUUCUCGUUGCGCCUCAGCUAGAAGCCUCCCCACCCCUCGUCAUCAGUGCCACCCCCUAUCAAAACAGCAUCGCUCAGUUCUCUAAAGGGAAAAACCUGUCUCAUCCUGUUACCGAGAGUUUGAGCAGUAUGUACAGCCAGCAUUUUCAAGGCACGGCAACCCAAGUGGUAGACAUCGACUCGCUCACAUCCAUCCCUCACGACAUGCGGGACUAUCUAAUCUCAGAGGGCGAGAGUUCCAUCAGUGCGUUCAACUCCCGGAAUCUGGUCUCGGCGACUUUUGAAUAUUAUGACAACAAGCCUGUCGUCAUCGGAAACAUCACUUUAGGGAAUAUCUCCCUCCUUGUUGGCACAGCUUUCUACAACAACCAACCCUAUCACACAUCCCCGCUCUCUCUAAAUGCCAUCGAUAAUGCUUACCUGAUGCACUACCUCACCAAAGACCACCGCGUUACGGUAAUCAAUGAACCCUUGCCUCCAACACUCCAGGAGCAAUUCUCCGAGCAGUCAGACACCUUUGGCAUGGGGAGUAUGAUUGCCUUUGUCAUGAUGUUUGGCAUGGCGUUCCUAGCUUCUUCUUUUGGCGUCUUCCUGAUGAUGGAAUCCUCAACCAAAGCUAAGCAUCUCCAAAUCGUCAGCGGAGUGCAUUCCACCACCUUCUGGCUCUCCAAGCUCAUCUGGGAUAUCAUCAACUACAUGAUCCCUUGCAUCCUGAUUGGAAUCCUUAUGUUAGCCUGCAGAGUAGAAUCCUAUGCCUUAGAAGGCCGAGUCUGGGACCUGUACCUCCUCUUAUUCCUCCACGGUUGGGCAAUCAUCCCCUUGAGUUACCUCCUAUCCUUCCUCUUCAAGGAGCCAGCCUCGGGCUAUGUUCGCAUCCUCAUCAUCAACAUCGCCUUGUCCAUGGUCAUGUACUUCACAUACGAAGUCCUCUCCAUCCCUGAUCUGGGAUUGGAAGACAUCGCUGAGAUCUUGGACUGGGUCUUCAUGCUGAUGCCGCUGUACAGUCUUGGCGCUGCAAUGGAGACAUACUACCUCCAUUUUAAUCACAUCAAGAUCUGCUUGUCGUUCCCGCCAUUCAGCUUACAGUAUUGUGAUGCACAGGGCAUUUCUUACGAGCCUGACUACCUGACUUGGGAAGGGGAGGGCAUCGGUCGCUACUUGGUCUACCUUGCCGUAGAAGGCUUCGUGUACAUGUCCCUAGUAUUCCUGGUAGACUCCAGCCUGUUCAAGAAGGUGGCUCCUAAACUCAGGAAGGCCUUCUGCCGACGGAAGGCACUCGUCUACAGUGAGAUGAACAAAGUCACUGGUUUGGCGGCUGAUGAAGAUGUUGCCACGGAGAAAUCCCGCAUCACAGACACACCUCUCACAAAGCUCUGCCAGACUGAUGCUUUGCUCAUCAGUGACCUGAGGAAAGUCUACUCAUUGAGGGGAGGCCAGGGCCUGGUGGCAGUCGAUGGCAUCUCUGUUGGGGUGCCUCUCGGGGAGUGCUUUGGACUGCUGGGUAUUAACGGAGCAGGGAAGACCACAACAUUUAAGAUGUUGACUGGAGAUGAGUCUGUAACAUCAGGCACUGCGUUCCUUGAUGGAUACAGCAUCAAAUCAGACAUCAAACUAGUCCAACAGAGGAUGGGUUACUGCCCUCAAUUUGAUGCCCUCAUCGAUCAAAUGACGGGCAGGGAAACUCUCACCAUGUACGGUCGACUGAGAGGUGUUCCUGAGGCCCACAUACCGGCUGAAGUCAAUCGACUACUCAAGAUACUUACCAUCGAGCCCCAUGCCGACAAACUGACCAAGACUUACAGUGGAGGAAACAAGCGCAAAUUGAGCACAGCCAUUGCUCUGAUGGGGGACCCACCAAUCGUCUUUCUUGACGAGCCAACAACGGGUAUGGACCCCGUUGCAAGGAGACUAUUAUGGGAUACGCUGUCGCAGAUCCGGGCCAGCGGCAAAUGCAUCAUUCUCACAUCACACAGCAUGGAGGAAUGCGAAGCUCUAUGCACACGCCUAGCCAUCAUGGUCAACGGUCAGUUCAAAUGCCUGGGUAGCGUGCAGCAUCUCAAGCACCGCUUUGGCCAGGGGUACACCGUGCUUGCCAAGGCUAGACACGGAGGGGACCUGAGUGGGUUCAAACAGCACAUGGAGGAGCAAUUUCCAGGCAGCAAACUGAAGGACGAGCAUCAAGGCAUGGUGCACUACCACAUCACUAACACCCAGCUGACGUGGGCCCAGAUCUUCGGCACUAUGGAGAGGGCCAAGUCACGCUACGACAUCGAAGACUACUCUGUCAGUCAGACUACCCUGGAGCAGGUCUUUCUGAACUUUGCCCGCAUGCAGAGGGAAGACGUCCGGCAACGGUAGCAUGACCGACCCAAAGGAGCUUUGUAGAUAAUAUGCAAUAUAGAUUAUUUUACAUUCAGCAGGAUUUGUUUCUUCUUUAACCCUUUCAUAUCUAUGCAGCAUGCUUCAUCCUGAAUGUUCAUACUUCAUCAGUGCUUAAAAGUAGUACUGCUGCUAAGACUGUGAAUCUGUUUGUUUAAUUUUCUAAAUGUUUAAACCCAUUACUCACAAGUUUUCAAGGUUUAAAGGAAUGAUGGCCAAAAAAAGACCUUGCAACAUAAAAUGACUACUAACUACACUACUUGUACAAUGUAAAAGAUUAUUGGUUAUUGGAGAAAAAACUACGUACGUGUUUGUCAUUGUUUGUAGAAACCAGAAGUUCAAUAAUCUUAUCAAAAGUGAUAAUCCAUGCCCCAUUGUUUUCACUGUUUAGUAUAAGUUUAAAUUUAUGACUGCCUUGACUGCUAUUGUUAUUAUGUUUUUCACAAUUUCAUUUUUCACUUUGCAUGCCACA